AUGGAUGCCUUGGCGCCUUACCGUCUGGCCGGAGAAAGGCAAGUCUUGGCAUUCUGGAAAUUUCUCGCUCGGAAUCAUCCAUUCAUUCUUCUUGAUCUCUCAAUUCACUUCCUUUUAUCCCAGCUUCACAAUUUUACGUCUCUGUCUUGCAAUCUAUUAGCAAUCACCCAGAAUAUCCACUAUCGCAAUGCUCCGCGCAAAGCUCUCGAACCUCCCCGGAUUGAAGCUCCAUCCAUUCAAAUCAUCCAUUCAUACGCCAACCUUGCUCUCCGCAACAUCAAGAACCUCGUCCCCCUCCUGGACCGCGUCCUCGUCCAGCGCAUCAAGCCCGAAGCCAAGACCGCCAGUGGUAUCUUCCUUCCCGAAAGCACCGUCAAGGACAUCAACCAGGCCACCGUCCUUGCUGUUGGUCCUGGUGCCCUUGACCGAAAUGGAAAUAAGAUCCCUAUGAGCGUUGCCAGUGGCGAUAAGGUUUUGAUUCCUCAGUUUGGCGGAAGCCCCGUUAAGGUUGGUGACGAAGAGUAUACUCUCUUCAGGGACUCUGAGUAA